CUGAGCAGUGAGCCAUUGGGGGGGGGGGUCCUUUGGUUCUUAAAGGGGGCACGGCCCCGGGGUGGGGCCACCUCGGGUUGAGAUGGAGUGCGGCCCGGCGGAGGAGACCCCCCCCAUGGAGCCGGGCCGCCCGGGCCGGCAGCGGGCCCCCGAUUGCAUCCGACGACAGAAGCGACGGGAGCUGGACGCCCGCCGCAGCAAGUGCCGCAUCCGCAUCGGGGGGCACCUGGAGCGCUGGUGUCGCCUCAAGGAGCAGCUCGGCUUCGCCCUGCACUCCCAGUUGGCCCAGUUCCUCCUCGACAGGUACAGCUCCCAUGGCUGCGUCUGGAGCCCAGGCGAGCCGGAGCCCAACCUUCUCCAUGCCGAUGCCCUGCAGCGCCUGGUCGUCCUGUCCCACGGUCAUGGCCAAGAGUGCGGUUUUGUCCCUGACGUGAAGCCCCCGGCCCCAGGCAGCACGUCCCCGCUGGUGUGGGAGUGCGUGGCUGGGCACAGCUUUUCCUGGGGUGUCCCCGGGGCGGCAGGGGACCGUACCCCCACAACCGGCCACCAUGGAGAGGAACAACAGGGGGACUCGGGGUGCAGCUCCCCGCCGGCCACCGGCCGCCGGCGCUCGCUCCGGCAAGCAGGGCUGGCUGCUGAGUCCGGCUCUGGGAAGGGUGAAGCCGAACCAGAGGGAGCAGCUCAAUUGCCUGUCGGUGACAGGGACCGGACGGAAGAGCCAGGAGCUCGUAGUGAUGACACUGGUGAUGGCAAUGCAGCUCCCCAGGUGCCAACAGAGACGGGGACCGUGGCAAAAGAUCACGGGAGCGCACUUGUCCCGGAGGAGAAGACGGAGCAGGGGGCUGAGCACCAAGAAGAGGAGGAGGAAGAGGAGGAUGAGGACUUUGCUGAGGAGGAUGACCUCACCUACACCGAUGAUCUGCGUGAUGAGAAUUACCACCCAUCUCUGGACAGUGACUCUGAGCUGCAGCGACGACAAAGCCAGACCAAAGCUCGUAAGAAAUCCGUAAAGGAGGAGCAGCCCCCAAAUGAGCCAAACCUGACCAACUCCAGCCCGUCGGAGGAGAAGGGUGGACGAGUCAACUGCAAGAGGCGAGCGCAGCCGUGCGAUGAGGACGUGGCCCAGAUCGGCCCGAAGAGGAUCAGGAAGGCAGCGAAGCGCGAGAUCCUCCUGUGCGACUUUGAAGGCUGUGGCAAGAUCUUCUCCAACCGCCAGUACCUGAACCACCACAAGAAGUACCAGCACGUCCACCAGAAGACCUUCACCUGCUCGGAGCCCAGCUGUGGCAAGUCUUUCAACUUCAAGAAGCACCUCAAGGAGCACGAGAAACUGCACAGCGACAAGCGGGACUAUAUCUGCGAGUUCUGCGCCCGUUCCUUUCGUACCAGCAGCAACUUGAUCAUCCACAGACGCAUCCACACAGGCGAGAAACCCCUGCAGUGUGAGAUCUGUGGCUUCACCUGCCGCCAGAAAGCCUCCCUGAACUGGCACAUGAAGAAACACGACGCCGACUCCUUCUACCAGUUCUCCUGCGACAUCUGCGGCAAGAAGUUCGAGAAGAAAGACAACGUCACCGCCCACAAAAGCAAAAGUCACCCUGAAGUGCCCAGCGGACCCCCCCAGGCCGAGGGGGGCCAGCGGCAGAUGGUGCCAUCCCCACCGCCCAACUUCAGGGCAGGGACGCAGGCAGGGCUGGAGCACCCGGAGGCACCUGGAACGUUGGCCGUGGAACCCCUGGAGAUGCCAGGGCUUGGGGACACCCUGGUGAGCGGUGGUGAACUGGAGAAGACCCCAGCUCCCAUUGCAGCCUCAGCUGAAUAUAGUGGGCAGGAUCCAGGCGUGCCCCGAGGCCAGGUGAUGGACAGCGUUGGGUCGUAGCAGGACUCAUCAUCUUGUUCUUGGCCAAAAAUGGGACCAGAGAGCAGGAUGGGGUAAGGUGAAACGAUGCUGGACCCCCCGCGGCGUGUGGCAGCAGCAUGUGCAGGUGCCAAAAAUACAAGGAACAGGCAAGGACCGGUGCUUCCCAGGGGAAAUCCCAACUUGCAGCGGUGUUGCCGCAGGUGGAGAGCCUCUCGCUCGACUCCCUCGCUGCGAGGAGGGAGCGUGAGGUUGCUGAAGUCAUUGGCAGGAUUCUCAAUAAAGACUUAUUUUGUAUAAAAGUGGGUUUCCCCGCUUGCGCCAGUCACCUCUGCGCCUCAGUGCUGAGUCUCUAUGGAAAGCAGAGGUAGAAGAGUGAGAUUUCCAUGUGUGCAGCCUGCCUCGACACCCCGUCCAAAGGUUGUCUGUAUUUAGCACAAUAAAAAAAGGUGAUUUAGGUUGGGAAGUCAACAGUAGGUGGAGGCAACUGAGGCUGUAUCAGUUUUGGCCUUGGAAACAGGCAUUAUUUGAUCCAGUGAUGGUUCCUCAUGUCCUAUAAACGCCACUUGCCUUUUAUUGAACGUUUUUGGAAAGGAUUGUAAUAUUUACUCAGCCUUGAAGGUUGCCAGCUCAACAGGCUUUAUCAGG